UAGGCCAGAAGAGUAAUAGAACGUGGCUGGGUCGGAGCGCGGUCGUGCGGGGAUUCGUCGGCCCGGGUCAUGCCCUUAGCCGGUCAACGAUGCGCCUCUCCUUGUGUCCGAAACCAUAAUAAUGGCAAUCGAUCUUCUCUCUUCCCUCUCUUCCAGUCGGGGAUCGACUGCUGCAUGCGGCGCGGCUACCCAGGAAGAGGAGGAGGAGGCAUCGGAUGUUGGUUUCUGCGGCUCCUCUGUCCUCGGGCCCCCUGUCUGCCGGAUUUCGAUCACGCCGCGCGGAUUUAUGAGCACGAGGUGUCCCGUUCCGAGGCCGAUAUAGCUGGACCAGGAAGGAUGGGAAUGGCAUGGACUUACAGAUUUGCCAUGUUACUGAUAUUUCUUUCGUUGGUUUCUACUUUAUCACCGGUUUCUAGCAAUGGAAAUGAUUACUUCCACUGUGAAAGCAUAGUUAGGAAUUGGGCAGAUUUUUCAAGUGAAAGUGGAAUCCGAGAAGAUAAAUCAACUCUAAAGGAUUUGUUAUUCUUUCUACAUGUUCCCAGGACUGGUGGGCGUACAUAUUUCCACUGCUUCUUGAGAAAGCUUUAUACAAGUGCUCAAGAAUGUCCACGCUCCUAUGACAAAUUGCGUUUUGAUCCCAGCAAACCAAAUUGCAGGCUGAUGGUUACUCAUGAUGACUAUAGUUUGAUGUCCAAACUGCCCAAGGACAGAACCUCAGUGGUAACAAUUCUAAGAAAUCCAAUUGAUCGUGUAUUUAGUACAUACGAAUUCUCUGUGGAAGUUGCAGCAAGGUUUCUUGUGCAUCCAAAUUUAACUUCAGCAACACAAAUGUCUGGACGAUUACGCCCUAAAACUCGUGGUGUAAGCACAUUGGAUAUAUGGCCUUGGAAGUACUUGGUUCCUUGGAUGAGGGAGGACUUAUUUAUCAGGAGGGAUGCUAGGAAACUUGGGAAGUUUAGAGAGCUUAGUGAAGCCCAUGAUUCAUACAAUAUGGAAGACAUGGUUAUGCCUUUGCAUGAGUUUAUCAAUGAUCCUUUAGCUCAUGAGAUCAUUCACAAUGGAGCCACCUUCCAGGUAGCAGGGCUUACAAACAACUCUUGUUUAACGAAAUCACAUAAGGUGCGUCGUUGUGUGAGAAAGCACCCAGAACUUGGCCAUUUUGUACUUGAGGUUGCUAAGAGUAGAUUGGAUCAUAUGUUAUAUAUUGGCCUUACUGAAGAUCACAAGAAAUCUGCUACAAUGUUUGCCAAUAUGGUUGGUGCUCAAGUGCUUUCCCAAUCAGAAGCCUUAAACUCUAAUAUGGAACAGGAGGCAUCCAAUACUACUGAAUUGAGCUCCGCUUUUCCAGAUCCCGAGACUGAUGGAUCAAAUCAGGUUCAGCAUAGCACCAACAGCCAACACGAAGGCAAGGUUCCUUCUCCAUCGGAUGUUGAACCAGCAAAAGAAAAUAUGACAGUUGGAAAGCUGAUGGAAGCUUAUGAAGCAUGCAUUUCUACUUUACGAAAAUCUCAAGCAAAUCGGCGUACUAUGUCUUUGAAAAGAAUUGCUCCUGCGAAUUUUUCAAAGGAGGCACGUCUCCUGGUUCCUGAAACAGUUGUGCAGCAGAUUUUAUCACUCAACAGUCUUGAUGUGGAACUUUAUAAGCAUGCCCAGGAGAUCUUCAUGCAGCAGCAGAAACAUCUGACACAAAGUGCUCCAGAAAUUUUCAUGCAGCGUCAAGGACAGCCGAUGGCUGAAGGGGAACAGCAGAAGAAUAUGCAUGACAUUUUAUAUGGAUGCUCGCCCUGGAGGAUUGUUUUGUUAGCUGUAGCAGUCCUUUUAGUCGUCGUUCUUGUUGUACUGGUUGUAUCUACAAGAGGAAGGACGUCUAAACUGAAGGUAUGAAAGAUGAUAUUAUCGAGUUUUCUUUAAAAAAGAGAAUGAUAUGUUGACAGCUGUUUGUAUAUGAAAUGGACGUUAAGAAGGCAAAUGGGAAGCAUUGCCUUCUGGUUUUGGGACAGCCGUCUAUUUUGUUGGCAGACGAGCAGGAAGUUGCGACUUGGGUUUCGGAAUCAUUGUCAUCUCUGAUGGGUUUUAUUCUGUUAAUCCUUUUUUUAUUAUAGAAAAAAAUCCUGCAAUCGUUGCCUA